GGCCUCCUCUAAAGCCACAAUAAACAAAUCUGCUUUGGGAGCCUUGUGCAGCCUGCUUAUGGCUUGGGAAAGAGACAAAAUUAGGCUCAGCAUGGUGGGUAACAUAUGGACUUUUUUUGUUAAUUAGCACUGGCCCCUGUGAUUUGCAGAACUCCAAGAUUGCAGAGGCGUGAGAGGGGGUUAAAUAACGGAGGCAUGAAUAGUUGCCUUCCUCCUCCUCCUCCUUCUUGAUUCUGGAGGGGAGAUUGCGUCUCAGUUGGAACCCAAUGACUGUUGUUAUUACUUGAGUAUAAUCAGUGAUCCUGAUUCGGUCUCUACUGAGUCACCAGCGCCACCUCCUGCACCAUUCCAAGUCACCGUCCUUGGAAGUCUCCACUCCAAGUGUUGACCAACCCUGACCCUAUUUAGUUCAAAUACUAUGGUGACAAGGGCCAUGUGGGUGGAAGGGUGAAAUGGACCAAUAGAUAGAAAUUUAACAAGACCAUUGCCCAAGGUAUUGCAUGCAUCAGGGCAUCACUUAUUCUGAAAAGUGAUAAACCAGGAGAAGGUCAGUCUGAUGAUGAGCAGUACUAAUAUUCACUUGAGCAUCUGCAAUUCCAAUUACCCAGAAGCUCUGUGUUCUGAGAAUGCUCCUUCCUAAUCAGAAUCAGUUUGCUUCCUUUUAUUCAAUUUGUGGACUGUGGUUUGCGUGUGCUCUGGUGGGAAGCUAUAUUGUUAUGCUUUCUCCUGGGUUAUAAAACAAGCAACACACUGAUACUCUAAAUGCAUCUUGAGGGGAGUACUUGUAUGUAUUUUAGUGAACCAGCAGGAGGACAUAAGUAAACAAGUAUUAAUUUACCAGUCCCUAGAUACACUCCAUUACCAUGAAAAAAGCCUCUCUCCUCUGGAUCACAUGCAAUGUUCACUCUGCUGGGGGAAGAGCUAGGAGAUAUUAGAAGUAAUUUGCAACCAUCAACAAUAUAAAGAAGAUAAAUGUGCAAUCAAGUGUUUCUGUGGAGACCCAAGAGCAGGUGCCUGUCAGUGAAGAUAAGGUUUAGAGCUGAAUUCCCCAAGUGGCCAGGUCACUCUGUCUGCAUGGGAGUCUCACCGCUAUAUCCCUGCUCACUGCUUUGAAAGCACAGGAGUUCCUUCGAGUUGCUGUUAAGAAAAAUGUACUUUUUGCACCGUUUAAACCAGCCUGACUUUUGGGGCACUCAGUGGUGCUACAGAUAAUGAAAUCUUCAGAAGCGGGAGAGAAGCUUUUUUCUGCCUUUUGUGGGCAGCUUUGGCAAUGGGUCAGAACGAAACCUUUGCCAGGGGCUGAUUUAAUCUGAAAUAUUCCUCUCCCCUGCCAGAGAUGAGGCAGCUGGGCUGGUUUCAAAGAAGCAAGUUGAUAGGAGUAUUAAAAAUAAAACAAGACUCUCUUAAUAUUUUGUUUGUAAUCUCACGGACAGAGGAACUGGGUGCACAUUUGGACCUCAGCCACUUCGAGGUCUUUCCACAGAACACUUGUCUUGACUGCAGAAGGGUUACUUGCUGCAAUUAUUUUUAUUAGUGAUUAGCCCAGAAUAAAACUUGUGAAUUAAGCACCCCCAGAUGGUUCAGUGAUUGAAAUCCCCACUGGGCUGUUUUCCAGGUGUUUUACCUGUAAACCCUUGUUGGGCACACAUGGUAAUUUAAGUACCUGUGUGUGUAAGGGAGUUCUUGGUAAAAGCACAGAAACUAUUGAACACACUUUGUGCAAAAAUAAGUAAAAGAGGACCUCAAAGUGCUUUACAAAGAUGAAUCAGUUCAUCCUAAUUAAACCCCUGGUGGGGUUGGUUCCAUUGUUAUCUCCAGUUUAUAAAGUGGGAAACUGAGACAUAGAACUAUUCAGUGAGUCACCCAAGGUCACAAAGUGAAUCAGUAGCAGAGCUGGAAAUAGAACUGAGGAGUCCUGAUUCCCCCAAUACCUGCUCUAACUACUCAUACUGCACACAUUGAUUCUGAAGUGUUUGGGGGGACAAAGGGUGUUAAAUAUGUCGUUGUUAUCCUGGAGUCUGGUCCAACAAGUUAAAAACAAAUUAAAAGCUAUCUGCAUGAGAAAGGGUGGAGAAAAGAGCUCUCCUGACACUUGUCAGAAGAGAAGCCCUUAUUAAAAACUUAAAAAGCAAAGGAAUUACAAAUAAUAAAACCCUCCCACUACAAAGGGUAUUUACAGUCAAGGAAUCCGGGUGCUGAGGAGUCUGAAAAUAGCAGAAAGGUCACUUGCGCCUAAGAGACUGAAAGAUUGUUUUGACUCCAGAAGGUCAGAGAAAAGGAGCUUGCUGUGUCCGACCCUGCAAUUUCUGAUGUCAGAGGUUAAACAUUUAUUGCUGGUUGCCAGCUGUUGGUUUUUCCCCUGGGCUAUUUGCAACUGCAUCCCCGCAGAAAUACUUUCAGGGCCCAAUGGAGCCCCAUUGUGAGCUGGUGCGAUUCCAGCAACAUCUGAAACUGGCCCUCAGUGUUAGGCAGCAUGCUGGCCCAUUCCACACACUAUUGUGUGCAGGAAAACUCAAAAUUGGCUUUGGGAGCAGUGCUAGUCAUUUGGGAAAACAAAGGUUUUGAUUUGGUUUUCAAAGAAACCUAGGGGAUUUAGACACAUACGUCCUGUUGAAAUUCAAAGCCCCAAACUGCUUUGAAAAUCUCUACUAAAGCCUUAUGCUUCUGUCCUCUUUCAGAUUGUUAUUAUCUGCAUAUGGAGUUGACAGUCUCCUCUCACCCUAAUUUUUCCUGAUGCAAACAUUUAAACAGUUGAGGUCAUGUUGGUGAUGCGAAAAAAGAAAGAUGUUUCUUGACUGCAAAGCAACUUGCUGUAAAGCAAAGUUAAGCCUGCUUUCCAUGGUUUUUUCUGCACUCCCUUUCUGUAGUUGCUUUAUAAGUGUCUUUGUUCAGAAGCAGCUGUACAAACUGGGCUGCUAAUUAGUGUGUUUCAUCUGUACUGUACAUUCAAAUGGGCCCUCUACCAUUCCUUUAUAAUAAACUAGUGACUAGGCAGCUCGCAAGAUCAUGAUCACCAUGUUUAUUCCAGUAGUGGAAACAGAAUAGUAUAAUUUAGUUCUCAGAAACUCUUCCUGUGAGUUUGGUUGAGGGGAGUAAUCCAUAAUUUCCCAACAACCAGCUUGUUUAGAUCCAGCAAUGUCAGAGAUCCCUGCUUUCUGUCUGAAGGAGUCAAAGCAGAAACUUACUUAACAAUCGGAGCUGCCUCUGCUGUAUUGAGCUUAACCUGACUCCUGCUCGACAAAGUUCAAUGCAAAGUUAGUCAAUAAAGAUUGGCGCUAACUGGAAAAGGUCUUCACGACAGCAACAGAAAUGUGCACAGGUGGUUUCUCUGUCACUGAGAAAAUAUUUAUCCUUAAAAGGGUGGAGCAUUGUCUAUUAAAUGUACAAACAUGUAUUUCAAAGAAAUGCCCUGUGCUUUUUAGGGCAAUGUGAUCUAGCACUCACAGGAAAAAUUCUGUUGUGUUAGGAUGCUCCUGACAUAAAGCUGUGGGCUUUUUUGGUUCCUGGUUCUAUCUUGACCUUCUGUUAAAAUCUGGCAGCUAAGCCCUGGUCUACACUAGGACUUUAGGUAGAAUUUAGCAGCAUUAAAUCGAUGUAAACCUGCACCCGUCCACACAAUGAAGCCCUUUAUUUCGACUUAAAGGGCUCUUAAAAUAGAUUUCCUUACUCCACCCCUGACAAGUGGAUUAGCGCUUAAAUUGGCCUUGCCGGCUCGAAUUUGGGGUACUGUGGACACAAUUCGACGGUAUUGGCCUCCAGGAGCUAUCCCAGAGUGCUCCAUUGUGACCGCUCUGGACAGCACUCUCAACUCAGAUGCACUGGCCAGGUAGACAGGAAAAGAACCGCGAACUUUUGAAUCUCAUUUCCUGUUUGGCCAGCGUGGAAAGCUGCAGGUGACCAUGCAGAGCUCAUCAGCACAGGUGACCAUGAUGGAGUCCCAGAAUCGCAAAAGAGCUCCAGCAUGGACCGAACGGGAGGUACGGGAUCUGAUCGCUGUUUGGGGAGAGGAAUCCGUGCUAUCAGAACUCCGUUCCAGUUUUUGAAAUAAGCCAAAACCUUUGUGAAAAUCUCCCAGGGCAUGAAGGACAGAGGCCAUAACAGGGACCUGAAGCAGUGCCGCGUGAAACUGAAGGAGCUGAGGCAAGCCUACCAGAAAACCAGAGAGGCGAACAGCCGCUCUGGGUCAGAGCCCCAAACAUGCAGCUUCUAUGAUGAGCUGCAUGCCAUUUUAGGGGGUUCAGCCACCACUAUCCCAGCUGUGUUGUUUGACUCCUUCAAUGGAGAUGGAGGCAAUACGGAAGCAGGUUUUGGGGACGAAGAAGAUGAUGAGGAGGAGGAGGUUGUAGAUAGCCCACAGCAAGCAAGCGGAGAAACCGGUUUUCCCGACAGCCAGGAACUGUUUCUCACCCUGGACCUGGAGCCAGUACCCCCCGAACCCACCCAAGGCUGCCUCCUCGAGCCAGCAGGCGGAGAAGGGACCUCUGCUGCAUGUGUUUCAAUGAUCACAAGAUCUUCUCCUUCCCAGAGGCUAGUGAAGCUUAGAAAGAAAGAAAAAACGUACUCGCGAUGAAAUGUUCUCCGAGCUCAUGCUGUCCUCCCACACUGACAGAGCACAGACGAAUGCGUGGAGGCAAAUAAUGUCAGAGUGCAGGAAAGCACAAAAUGACCGGGAGGAGAGGUGGCGGGCUGAAGAGAGUAAGUGGCGGGCUGAAGACAGGGCUGAAGCUCAAAUGUGGCGGCAGCGUGAUGAGAGGAGGCAGGAUUCAAUGCUGAGGCUGCUGCAGGACCAAACCAGUAUGCUCCAGUGUAUGGUUGAGCUGCAGCAAAGGCAGCUGGAGCACAGACUGCCACUGCAGCCCCUCUGUAACCAACCGCCCUCCUCCCCAAGUUCCAUAGCCUCCACACCCAGACGCCCAAGAACGCGGUGGGGGGGCCUCCGGCCAACCAGCCACUCCACCACAGAGGAUUGCCCCAAAAAAAGAAGGCUGUCAUUCAAUAAAUUUUAAAGUUGUAAACUUUUAAAGUGCUGUGCGGCAUUUUCCUUCCCUCCUCCACCACCCCUCCUGGGCUACCUUGGUAGUCAUCCCCCUAUUUGUGUGAUGAAUGAAUAAAGAAUGCAUGAAUGUGAAGCAACAAUGACUUUAUUGCCUCUGCAAGCGGUGAUUGAAGGGAGGAGGGGCGGGUGGUUAGCUUACAGGG